UAUUUUGACAAUUUGUUCAACACAGUGAUGGAUGAUAAGAAUAAGACAAAAGAUAACCCGAAGGCUAGACUGGACUUACAAGAAUAUUGCAGGCGACUUGAGUUACAUUUGCAGUAUGGGAAUAAUGGUAAGGUGUUCAAGCCCAAGGCCAGCUACACAUUCACUUUGGAACAAAGACGACAGAUUUGUGAGUGUGUUACAAACCUAAAGAUGCCCGAGGGCUAUGCAUCGAACAUGGGAAAACGUGUCAAUAUGGUUGAGGCAAAGCUGACUCAUAUGAAAAGUCAUGACUGUCAUAUAUUCAUGGAAACCUUAGUCCCUAUUGCAUUUUGUGGAUUGCCUGAAAAUAUAUGGAAAUUCAUCACAGAGAUAAGUUUGUUCUUCAAAGACUUAUGUUCUACCACAUUAAGGGAAGAAAACCUAUUUCAAAUGAACCAGGACAUUCCUGUUAUCAGUAAUAAGCUGGAGAGGAUUUUUCCAUGUGGUUUCUUCGAUGUGAUGGAACACCUGCCAAUUCACCUUGUACACAAGGUGUGACUUGGAGGCCCAGUUCAAUGUAGGUGGAUGUAUCCAUUCAAGAGGUAAUGAUCAAACCUUGAUUUAUUCUUGUAAUUUUCUUUAAUGUUAUCGUCUAAUAUGACAAUGUGCAGGACUAUCGGCAAGUGUAAACGAUUUGUUAAACAGAGGAAUAGGAUUGAAGGAUCCAUAUGCGAAGCCUAUCUUGCAAAGCAAACUGCCCAUUUUUGUUCUUACUACUUUGACAGUCAUGUGUCAUAUGCUAGAAAUAGGCCCAAUCAACACAAUGUGGUAAUUGAGAUUGAUCCAUUAUAUCCACCAAUGUCCAUAUUCAAUCAACCAGGACGAGGUUUUAAAGAUCGAGCACAAAGGGGCCUAACUAGUAUGGAGACAAAUCAGCUUCAAAUCAUGUGUUGCUAAAUUUUCCAGAAGUUCAACCCUUUCUUAAUGAUUUCGUGAGUCAAUUUGGUCAUGGUGCUGUAUAUUCUACAUUUGAGGCAUGGUUUAAAGAGUGUGUCAAUAAUCCAAACAACGGUGUUAAUAAUUUUUUGCAAGACAUAUCUUGGGGACCUGCACCUACGAUUACGACAAUGUUUAAGUAUUGUAUGAAUGGUUACAAAUUUUACACCGAGGAAUGCUCCAAGUAUAAAAAAAAAAGCAAUAACAGUGGGGUGUGUGUCAAAGGCGGUGAAGGCAACCAGGAUGGGGAAAAUGAUUAUUAUGGUGUGAUCAAAGAGAUUCUAGAAUUGUCAUAUUCAGGUUGGCCAUAUAAGAAGAUCAUACUUUUCCGAUGCAAGUGGUUUGACCCAACACCUAGAAGAGGUACAAAUGUACACUCGCAGUACAACAUAAUUGAGGUUAAUAAAAAUAGGGAGUAUGAUCGCUAUGAUCCUUUUAUAAUUGCAGAAAGAGUUAGGCAAGUAUACUAUGCUCCAUAUCUAUUGCGGAGGGAUAAGGCUGAUUGGUUGGUUGUAAUCAAAACAAAGCCUGUUGGCAGGGUGGAAGUUGAGAAUGUACUAGAUGUUGCUUACCAAAACGAUACCUCAAGUGUUAACUAAAUGGUAGAUGAUCGGAUAGAACUUAGAGCAUCCUCAACGCAUAUUAGAAGAAGUUGAUAUGGAGGAAAUAACAAUCAUAGAAAAUGAGGAUGAAGAAUCACCUAAUGAAAAUGAAAUAAGUGAAGAGGAAGGAUUUUCAGACGAGGAAGGAUACGUCGACGAAGACGACUAGCAUGGGUCGAGGUAGGUCUAAGAAGGAUAAAAGGUCUACUGAUCAUGAUAAUGGUGCUACACCCUCGCUUCCUUCCACUCCACACUUUCAUCCCUCUGGUGCCGAUGGUCGGCAUCAAUCUUCUAGGCACAGAUCUAUUCCACCACAUCCAUCUACUCAUUAUACUACCCACCAUUCGCCCGUCCAGCAGUAUUAUCACAAUUCUCCGCCACAGGGCUAUACUCCACUUCCUCCUAAUGAUCCUACCAAUAGUUACAUGGGUGCAUCGAGUCACCAGUCACAGGGCCAUGUGAUACGCCCGUCGUCUGCUCCAUUUGCUUCAUCUCCAGCCGGAUCGCAUCCAUUUAGAUUUCAAACAGCCGGAUCGCAACAGUGGUCUGGAUCAGAGCAGGGGUCUAGAUCUGUGCAGGGAUGUGGAUCGCGGACAUCUUCAGGGACCUCGUCUCCCUCUCCACAGAGUUCAUCUCCUAGCAUUUCUAGACUUCGUCUUCGAGAUAUUAGCACUGAGCCAGAUGCCCCUCUUCUGGGCAUGCUUCAGAUUCAUCGGAGGAUGAUGAUUCGGAUGAUGUGCGUUAUGAUCAUUACCAUAGGAUGAUCAUCAGGCCUGAAGGCAAUGGGUUUAUUCCUAAUAAUCAUGUUACAAAGAUAAUCACUGAUAUACUUGCCUCGUUGUAUUUAAUGCCCUAUCCGACUUGGAGUGACUUUCCAGAUAGUCUCGUGCAACAGAUGUUCAACCAAUUUAAGACUAAGUGUUCCUGGGAGGACCAGUGUAACCGUAAAAUUUGUAAAAAUUGGGAGUACAAAUGUCGUAGGAGACUCUCUGAUUCCUUCAGCACCGCUCGAAGGGUUAAAAAGAAGCUUUCAUGGGUUCUACCGCAUAUAUGGGUGGAUCUGGAGAAGUAUUGGACCACCGACAAAUUCAAGAAGCAGAGUGAACAGGGAAAGAAGGCCCGAGCAUCUGAGAAGGGUGGCUCCUUGCACUGUCUGGGUUCAAGGAGCAUGGGGGAUACAAGGAGAUAUCUGGAAAAAAAAUUGGGGAGGAAGUUGAGUCAUGAUGAGUUCUUCAUGGAGGCUCACAUCCGGAAGAAGAAGGCACCGACAUAUCUAACUAGAUGGGUCGAGGACCUGGCAGAGACUACACAUGGUCGCUACAAGAUCAAUUUGGAGGAGUAGACUCAGAGCUUGCCACUAAAUGAGCAAGGCGAGCGACCGCCCAUUUCAGACGAAGAAGAGAAGAGGAUAUGGUUGAGUACUGUCGGUGGUCCUAAAAAGGAGAUAGCAUACGGCCUAUCAGAUAAAUCGUUUUGGUGCUACAGGGCUGGAUUGCAAGGUAUAGGGACUUCCGCCCAAGGCGAGGCGAUUGAUAGUUCAGCUAUAUCGUCUAUGGAAGAGAAGAUCGCAAAGCUGACAGCAGAGCUUGAAGAGACCAAGGCUAGAGAAAAGAAGAAUUUUGAUACCCUUCAAGGUCAGCUAGAAAGGAGGGACAAACAAUUUGAUCUCCUUCAAGGUCAGCUGGUCAAUCUUCUUGUUUGUGGUGCUUUCCCCAUUCCCUGGUCUCCUCCUCCUUCACCAUCUGCCGGCGAUGAAGGUCCUAGGACCGAAGAUGAAGAUGAUGCUACAUAAAAAAUUCAUUGAAUGUUGUGUAUCGUUAAACAAAGUUGUGAACUUGUCAAUAUUUUGUUGUUGGUUAUUUGAAUGAUGAUUAUAUUGUUAUUGAACACUUUAGUAGUUGUGGUUGUGGUUAUUAGUUGUUAGUUAAUUGUUGUUGGUGGUUGUUA